AUGGAACAAAUAAGUAUUAAUUCUCCAAGAAAAAGAAUUUAUCAUAACAUUCUUGAAACUAUUGGAGGUACACCAUUAGUUGAACUUCAUAGAGUAACAGAACAUCCAACAAUUAAGAAAGGAACAAGAAUCUUAGUUAAAUUAGAGUAUUUUAAUCCAAUGUCAUCAGUCAAAGAUCGUGUUGGAUUCAAUAUUGUUUAUCAAGCUAUUAAAAAUGGAAGAUUAAAACCAGGAAUGGAAAUUAUUGAAGCUACUUCUGGAAAUACAGGAAUUGCACUUUGUCAGGCUGGAGUUGUUUUUGGAUAUCGAGUUAAUAUUGUAAUGCCAUCAACAAUGUCACUUGAACGACAAAUGAUUAUGAAAGCAUUUGGAGCAGAAUUAAUUCUAACUGAAGGAAAGAAAGGAAUUACAGGAGCUAUUGAAGAAGUUAACAAAAAGUUAAAAGAAAAUCCUGGAAAAUAUUUUGUUGCAAACCAAUUUGGUAAUCCUGAUAAUACUACAUCACAUUAUUAUACUGCUAAUGAGAUUUGGGAAGAUACAAAUGGAGAAGUUGAUAUCGUUGUUUCUGCUGUUGGAACAUCAGGAACUGUUAUUGGGAUUGCUGAGAAAUUAAAAGAAAAGAAAAAAAGAAUUAAAAUAAUAGCAGUUGAACCAGAAGAAUCAGCAGUAUUAGAAGGUAAACCAAAAGGACCACAUGGAAUUCAAGGAAUUGGAGCAGGUUUUAUUCCAGAUAUUUAUAAGAAAGAAUUUGUUGAUGAAAUAAUACCAAUUAAAACACAAGAAGCAUGGAAAAUGGCAAGAAUAGUAGUUAAAUAUGAAGGAAUUAUGUGUGGAAUGUCAAGUGGUGCAGCAAUUUUAGCAGGAUUAAAAGAAGCGGGAAAAUCAGAAAACGAAGGAAAAACAAUAGUUAUUAUUGUACCAUCAUGUGGAGAACGAUAUUUAUCAACAGAAUUAUAUAAAAUUAAAGAUGAAGGUACAAAAACACAAAUUCUUGAUUCUUUAUUGAAUUAA